CCGGGCGGGCGGACGGGGUAGGGCCUUCUUCCUGAGCUCAGCUCCGCAGAGGCUUGGUGGCCGGGGCGUCCGGCGCUUCUGCCGCGGUGUGUGGGCGAGCCGCCCGCCCUGGUGUCGGCGGGAGAGGCUUGGAGCCCGCUCAGCAGGGGCCCGCUUGUCCGACCCCCGCAUUUUGCCAGAAUCUACCGAGGCCCGUGCAGGGACAGGGAUGAGGGAAUUAAUCUGAUAGCACAUAUUGAUGGCUGUAGAGAAGUUAUCACUCUCACUGGAAUCCAGUGAGAGUGACUCUGAGGAGUUGCCAACAUUUGCCUUUCUGAAGAAGGAACCGUCUUCAACAGAGAGGAGGCAGCCUCAGAAGGAGGAGAAGAUUGUAGUGGUUGACACCUCAGAUUCUGAGGCCUCCUGUCCUCCAUCACAAAAACUGAAAGAUCCACCACCUGUUCCAGAGGCAGCUGAAACUGUCCCACAAACAGAGCCAGUCAGGGUGCUAAGCAGUGGAAGUGAGGAUGAGGAAGAAUUUGCUCCCCUGGCUGAGAGACUUACUUGUAAGUUUUUGACCCACAAGCAGCUGAGCCCUGAGGACCCCAGCUCCCCAGUUAAAAGGGUUUUAGAUCAUCAAAAUAAUGAAGGAGCAUCACGUGACUGGCAAAACCAGCCCUUUACAAAGAUCCGUGAUAUUGCUCUCUGUGACACCUCAGAGAGGCAUGCAUCAAAUAAUAAGGACCCUAUGGUAGACAGUCCAUGCCAUCAGCUGCCAGCCUACCAAACUACCUGCUCUGUCCAGAGCAACAGCUUGACAGUAACUAAAACAAAUGCUGAGGUACCCCCACCUCAGAAGAGGACCAAGCAUAAUCAGAAGGUCCAGAAGAGAGGCUCACAGGGUUGCCAGCAGCGGGGACAAGCAAGCCAAAAGGAAAGCACCGAGAGGCAACAGGAAAGGAAGAAGAAGGCAGCCCUGGUUAACAGGCUGAAAGCUCAGAGGCCAGAGGAGUGCUUAAAGCAUAUCGCUGUGCUGCUGGAUCCAGUGCUCUUGCAGAUGGAAGGUGGGGGCCAGCUCCUCGGAGCACUACAGUCCAUGGAGUGCUGCUGUGUGAUUGAGGCGCCGGCCGUGCCUUGCAGCAUCACGUGGCGGAGAAGGGCUGGGUCUACUGAGGAUGGAGAGGAGGGCUGGGUGGAGGAGCCGACGAUUCUGGUGCUGCUCCUGGCAGAGGCGUUUGUGUCCAUGAUCUACAACUUCAAGCAGGGAAGUCUGGGCAGCACCGAGCAAGGGAAGGAAACGCUUCGGAGCUUUGUAACUGACAUCACAGCAAGGACAGCUGGGAAAGCUCUGUCACUGGUGAUUGUGGAUCUGGAGAAAUGCUUCAGUGCUCCGAAUCCUCCAAGGAGAAGGAAACAGGGAGUGGCAAAUGGAGAACAGGCCAAGGAGAAGAAGAAGCAGAGACAACCGGAGGCCAACACAGCGGCUGUGGUGACCAGGGUAGACAUGGAAGAGGCAUUGGUAGAUCUGCAGCUACACACAGAAGCCCAGGCUCGAAUUGUGCAGAGCUGGAAAGAGCUGGCUGACUUGGCGUGCACAUUCACAAAGGCUGUGGCUGAGGCGCCCUUCAAGAAGCUCCGAGAUCAAGCUAGUUUCUCCUUCUGCCUGGAGAGUGACUGGGCUGGAGGGGCAAAGGUGGACCGCUCUGGCAGGGGGCUUGCAGUGGUCUGGAGGAGACAGAUUCAGCAGCUGAACCGAGUCAGCCUGGAAAUGGCCAGUGCCGUUGUGGACGCCUACCCCUCCCCACAGCUCCUGAUCCAGGCUUAUAAGCGGUGUUUUUCUGAGCAAGAACGCCAGAAUUUGCUUGCAGACAUACAGGUGCGCCGUGGGGAAGGUGUGACAGCCACCUCCCGCCGUCUUGGACCAGAGCUCUCCAGGCGUAUCUACCUUCAGAUGACAGCUUUGCAGCCAGAUCUCUCUUUAGACAGUGCAGACUGAUGCCAGCCCUCAGGGACAGGGAUGAAAAGCUGAUUUCCACCCCAGCCCCCCAACCUCAGAGCAUGACUACAGUGCAGGGAUUAGAAGCACCUCCUGCAGCACAAGCCUGGGUCCUGCCCACAACAGGCUUUCCUCGGUGUCGCUGUUUGCGAUAGUGUCCCUACCUGUCAACAUGGGGCAGAGGCUGAGAUGCUCACAUUUGCCUUCCUCUCCUAGCAAGUCAACUGCCACGUACAAACCACCCCGACCCCUGCCCCAGCCAGCCCUCAAAAUACAAAGGAACAAAGACAGACCACUCAGACACGUAUUUAAUAAUUGUAAAAAUCCAGAAGAACCUCAGCGUCAAAUCUCGAGGUCACAAGUGAACUGCCCUCGGCGGGUUGCUUGACAAGGCUGGGUGUGCUCCUGCCUUCCUCCCAUCCACUGAAGCUGCCUCAAGCAGCCAAGGAACGGGGGGAGGUCCGAUCACUAUGCUGACUUCUGUAUUCUCUUAAUCUCAUUUUAUGUACUAUGUGUUUAGUUUCAAUAAAGCAUUUGUACCAAUGGC